AUGCCGCAGGGAUCUGGUAAGGGUGAAAGUCCAAACCUGCAGGUGGACCCCAACUACACCCAGGCCAGCCAUCCCUCUGCCCGGAGUGUUUAUCCAACUGGCAGGAAACUGUAUGACGUGUACAUGAAUGAACAUACAGAAGAGGAUCCGUUUUAUGGUGACAAUGGUGGUACAGUUAAUGGUGACAAUGGUGACACAGUUAAUGGUGAUACAGUUAAUGAUGACAAUGGUGGCACAGUUAAUGAUGAUAAUGGCGGAACAGUUAAUGGUGACAAUGGUGGCACAGUUAAUGGUGACAAUGGUGACACAGUUAAUGGUGACAAUGGUGACACAGUUAAUGGUGACAAUGGUGACACAGUUAAUGGUGACAAUGAUGGCACAGUUAAUGGUGAUAAUGGUGACACAAUUAAUGAUGAUAAUGGCGGAACAGUUAAUGGUGACAAUGGUGGCACAGUUAAUGGUGACAAUGGUGGCACAGUUAAUGGUGAUAAUGGUAACAAUCAUUAA